GAAGGGGAGAAGGUUAGCAAAUCGAGGACCAGCCUACAUGUUUAGUGAUCGCUCAACGAGCCUAUCUAUUGAAGAGGAACGCUUUUUAGAUGCAGCUGAAUAUGGCAACAUUCCCGUGGUACGGAAGAUGCUGGAAGAAUGUCUCUCACUCAACGUUAACUGUGUGGAUUACAUGGGCCAGAAUGCCCUGCAGUUGGCAGUGGCCAAUGAGCACCUGGAAAUUACAGAACUUCUUCUCAAGAAAGAGAACCUGUCUCGUGUGGGGGAUGCCUUGCUUCUAGCCAUUAGUAAAGGGUAUGUUCGGAUUGUGGAAGCCAUUCUCAGCCAUCCAGCUUUUGCUGAAGGCAAAAGGUUAGCCACCAGCCCCAGUCAGUCUGAACUCCAGCAGGAUGAUUUCUAUGCUUACGAUGAAGAUGGGACCCGCUUCUCCCAUGACGUGACUCCAAUCAUCUUGGCUGCUCACUGCCAGGAAUAUGAAAUUGUGCACACCCUCCUGCGGAAGGGGGCUCGGAUUGAACGGCCCCAUGACUAUUUCUGCAAGUGCAAUGAGUGUAACCAGAAACAGAAGCAUGACUCUUUUAGCCACUCGCGAUCUAGGAUUAAUGCCUACAAAGGUUUGGCGAGUCCCGCUUACCUGUCGUUGUCCAGUGAAGAUCCAGUCAUGAUAGCCUUACAACUUAGCAAUGAGCUGGCAGUGCUGGCCAACAUUGAGAAAGAGUUCAAGUUCGUAGCUCAUCCAAACUGCCAGCAGCAGCUUCUCUCCAUCUGGUACGAGAAUCUCUCUGGUUUGCGACAGCAGACGAUAGCGGUCAAGUUUCUCGUGGUCCUGGCUGUUGCCAUCGGCCUGCCCUUCCUGGCCCUCAUCUACUGGUUUGCCCCAUGCAGCAAGAUGGGGAAGAUAAUGCGUGGUCCAUUCAUGAAGUUUGUAGCACACGCCUCCUCCUUCACCAUUUUUCUGGGACUGCUAGUCAUGAAUGCAGCUGACAGAUUUGAAGGCACCAAACUCCUUCCUAAUGAAACCAGCACAGAUAAUGCAAAGCAGCUGUUUAGGAUGAAAACAUCCUGCUUCUCGUGGAUGGAGAUGCUCAUUAUCUCCUGGGUAAUAGGAAUGAUAUGGGCUGAAUGUAAAGAAAUCUGGACUCAAGGCCCCAAGGAAUACUUGUUUGAAUUAUGGAAUAUGCUUGAUUUUGGCAUGUUAGCGAUCUUUGCGGCAUCAUUCAUUGCAAGAUUCAUGGCAUUUUGGCAUGCUUCCAAGGCUCAGAGCAUCAUUGAUGCAAAUGAUACUUUGAAGGACUUGACAAAAGUUACGUUGGGAGACAACGUGAAAUACUACAAUUUGGCCAGGAUAAAGUGGGACCCCUCUGAUCCUCAAAUUAUAUCUGAAGGUCUUUAUGCAAUUGCGGUGGUCUUAAGUUUCUCCAGAAUCGCUUAUAUUUUGCCAGCAAAUGAAAGCUUUGGACCUCUACAAAUAUCCCUCGGAAGGACUGUGAAAGACAUCUUCAAGUUCAUGGUGAUAUUUAUCAUGGUGUUCGUGGCCUUUAUGAUUGGAAUGUUUAACCUCUACUCCUACUACCGUGGUGCAAAGCAAACCGAAGCCUUCACAACAGUUGAAGAGAGUUUUAAAACGUUGUUCUGGGCUAUCUUUGGACUUUCGGAAGUGAGAUCAGUGGUCAUUGACUAUAAUCACAAAUUCAUUGAGAACACAGGUUAUGUUCUUUAUGGAGUCUACAAUGUGACAAUGGUUAUAGUUUUGCUAAAUAUGUUAAUCGCAAUGAUCAACAGUUCAUUCCAGGAAAUUGAGGACGAUGCUGAUGUGGAGUGGAAAUUUGCCAGGGCCAAACUAUGGUUUUCCUACUUUGAAGAGGGAAGAACAUUACCUGUUCCCUUCAACUUGGUGCCAAGUCCAAAGUCCCUGUUUUACUUCUUACUGAAGUUUAAGAAAUGGAUUUCUGAACUGUUCCAGAGCCAUAAGAAAGGUUUCCAGGAAGAUGCAGAGAUGAACCAGAAAAAUGAAGAGAAGAAAUUUGGAAUUUUAGGAAGUCAUGAAGACCUUUCAAAAUCAUCCCUUGACAAAAGACAGCUUGGGCAGAGUAAGGAAUCUAGCAUAAGGAGCUCAGAAGAUUUCCAGUUAAAUAAUUUCAAUAAUUCUCCAAGACAAUAUCAGAAAAUAAUGAAGAGGCUCAUUAAAAGAUAUGUGCUGAAAGCCCAGGUUGAUAAGGAGAGCGAUGAAGUGAAUGAAGGAGAACUAAAGGAAAUUAAACAAGAUAUCUCAAGCCUGCGCUACGAACUUCUUGAAGAAAAAUCUCAGAAUACAGAAGACUUAGCAGAACUUAUUAGAAAACUUGGGGAGAAACUCUCAGUGGAACCACAUCAAGAAGAAAGCAAUAGAUAAUGAACGCAGAGACUUCCCUAGACAGUCAUAUUUAUUUGUCCACUUAAGGCCACAUUACUUUCUGAUUUAUUUUUUUAAGUGCCAGUGUGCUCUCCUUUUCAUUAAGAUAGCGAUCAUUCUAUCACAGUGAACGGAGGUUUUUGGUGGUUAAAUUGCAAGAUUCAGGUGAAGGUUUGCAGAUUGUGAUGAGAAUUGUCACCACCUGUUUGGUGCUUGUUUUCUUCGUGUAACUAUUGCGCUGGUGGGACUGCGCUGCAGUCAAGAGCUGAGAAGCUGCUCGGUUGGUGGGAAGCGGAUCUAACUUCUCCAGGUGGCACUUUUCUCCGUGAGAAGAUGCCACUUCUCCUUGAGAAGAUGCCACCACCUCCUCUCUUGGUCCAAGGAUUGGAGACUGGUGACUUCCUGUCCUGAAAUCUGGCCAAAAAACAUUCGCAGGCUCUUCAGAAAAUUUUGUUUAAUCAUCAGCUUUCCUGCUUAUCCCUCCAAAUAAUAGUAUUAAAAUAUAUACAAAAUGGGCUUACAUCUUUCCUAAAUUUUCUGAACAUAAAAAUGUUUCCUCCACUUAACCUCAGACAAUGGUCCAGUUAUGUGUGUGUGUGUGUGUGUGUGUGUGUGUGUGUAUGUGCAUGUAUGUGCACAUGUGCAAUAAAUGUUUGUCUGAAAUGUUUUCAGCUAAUGGGGACACACGUAAGCUCUUUGUUAAAAUUUUCAAUUGUAACUACAACAUUACUGAACAAAUAUGAGCCUUUUCUUGGAGAAGUAUCAAAACCACACACACAAAAAAACAAUGGAGUUAUUUUGGCCCGAUCAUGGAACAAUUUUGUGUCAUCUGGCUAUUGGAAGGUGUAUUUUCACAUGCGGCUAUGGGAUGUAGAAGGGAAAAGUAAAAGCUUAGGAACUUGCAAUAACUUUCUGUCCCAGUAUGUCUUAACUCCCUCCCAAAUAUGAAUAAAAUACAGUUUGUACUCAUGAGCCAAGAAGGUGUUAUUACUUUCUAAUGCUGUUAGGAAAUAUCUGAAGAUUCUAAAAGUGAGUAAUUAAGGUUCAUGUGUUCAAUUGCCCAAAGAUUAUCAGCAUUUCGACGAUGCGGGGCAUUAUCUGGAAGUGCUUCUGUAAAUUCCAUGAAAGGAGGCUUUGGAUGCAGUUUUCAAACUUCAUCUUAAAGAUAAAAGAAAAUCAUAGGAAAUCAGUGUAGCCCCAAUCUUGACUGAGUUUGAAUCAAAGAACUGUAUGUAUCCAGAUCAGAAAAUGUGACUGAAAAAUUUUAUUCAGCAAUUUUGUACUUGUGGGUGUUGCUUUUUGAAGAGUUAAUUAGUGGUACAGAAAAGAUCUGUUUUCAAAUGUUUUGUGAUAAUAUCUGAAUCAGAAAUUGUAAAAAUCAGCCUCAUAUCAAAUGUACUUUCAUAAAAUUAAAAUAACCAAACAUUCACACAGUC